AUGGAAGGCAUGACUAUCGAUCAGCUAGCCAGCGAUAUCUUAUCAGAAUGCACCCUUAUGCAGAGAUACUGCCAAACCACUGGAAUUGCAUUGCCGUCUUUAUUGGCAGGUGCUACUCCUGAUUUCUGGUCGACAGACUCCCCCCAAGAAUUAAUUGCGGCUCGAACAAGAACGCUUGGCUUAUUAGAAAGAAUUACUACAUUGCUUAGGGGACCUCAUGACUUCAUCCAUGAAUAUGUAGCAUCUAAUUGGGAUCAAGGAGCGCUGUACGUGUUUCUACGCACAAGACUCUUGGAGCAUAUUGCUGUACUUGGAGGGGAAGCCAACAUAGGCAAUCUUGCUACAGCUUCAGGGGUCCCUGAAGACAAGCUGAUCCGCAUUCUUGGUCUACUGUGCUGCAAGAAUAUUGUCCGCCAGUCAGAUAAUGGCAUUUACGCCCUUACAGCCAUCUCAGAGGACAUGAUCCAAGACCCAGAUUUUCGGGCCUGGGUUGAAUUUCAACUGUUUGAGACUCGUAUAGCUAGUGUUCAUCUAGCCGAUGCACUUGAGUCGAAGCCGAACACCUAUACGGAUGGCAAAUCGGCUUUCAAGCAAGGAUUUGGCGUUGAGAUGUAUGAAUGGCAUACCUCGCAUCCUGAGGAAGGGGACCGAUUCCGUCGAGCAAUGAAAGGAGUAUCCAACUCUCUGGAUCCUGCGGAUUCCCUAAUUCGAACAUGGAUCAAGAACCGCCCUUCUUCAAAUCUCACCAAAGUUGUGGAGAUUGGUGGACGAUAUGGUUUCGCCUCGACGACUCUUGUCAGGGAGAAAGAAGACCUUUCGUUUGAGUUGAGAUGUGACUCCGAAGAAUUCCUGCGUCGCGGUCAGGCCUUGGUAGAUCCUCGCUCUAUGAGUCGUAUCUCUUUUACUCAUCUUACCUCAAACUUCGAGCCUCCACCACCGAGCGACGCCAACACUGUUUGUGCAUAUGUCAUUCGCAACCUUUUCUGGAACUGGACGGAUGAUGAAGCAGUCAGACUUCUUCAACAAUUGGCCCAAAUCUUGCAUGGUAGCCCAUGGACGCAUAUCAUUGUUACGGACGGUGUAUCGCCACUACCAGGAGAAUUUCCUCCACAUGUGGAAAUCUCAUACCGACGACGCGACAUAACAACCAUGACAAUGCACAAUGUGAAACAGAGAAGCCAAGAGGAGUGGUUGAAACUGUUCUCACGUGUGGACCCUGCUUUGAAGAUAACGACGCACUUCGAGAGCAGUUCACAUGUAUGCAAAGGUCUCUGGGAGCUUCGCUUGGAGACAGGCGAGUAGCUGAUAUCACAUCUUUACA